AUGUUGGUUGUCGAGCCCGCGGAACCGUGCAUAUACAACGUGCGCCUGCACCAGGCGUAUCGCACCACGGUAACGCUGCGCAACGACACGCGCAACGCCCUCGAGCUCACCGUGCGCGCGGGUUCGCCCGAGCGAUGGGCAGUCGCGCCGAGCACCGUCUUCCUCGAGGCUGGGCGCACCAUGCGCGUCGACCUGCGGCUCAAGCUCGCGCGCGAGAUCCGCCCGAAGAAGACUGCGGGUGCCGCCGUGAGGGAAGGCGACGAUGAAGGCGGAGGGGCGGUGCGCCAGAGGGACGUCUUCCACGUCAAAGGGGAGUUCUUCGAGCAAAAGUUUCACGCCUCGUUUGUCAUGGCCACCCGCGAGGAGGUCGCCGCCGCUGAACGACGCGAAUCGGACGCGCGUUCACGAUCGGUCGACCACCCCGGCUUUGGCGAACGCGGCCGCGCCCCAAUCGCCUCCACCUCAUCGCGCGAUACGACGCACCAAAGGCCCAGGUCCCAUUCGCCCGCGUCAUCCGCGAAAUCCGACGAAGAGAUCGACGAGGCUUUCGACCGCGCCAGGGCUCGGUACGGCGGCGGCUCCAAGGUUUGGGCGCAGGCGGGUCGAAGCACGUCAGCACCCGCGGGACGCGGGCGGGGUUCGGGCCGCGGCGACGAGGGACCGAGGGCACCCCUCGGUCGGGGUCCCACGAGCCAGCAGCGCGCGCAUCGGGCGGUGCAUUGGGAGGAUGAGACGGCGAAGAAGGUUGACGCGUACAGGCGCAGGGUUGACGAACUGGAGAAGCUGAGGGCCCAAUCGGAGCUGGCGACGAGCGAUAAGGACGAGCUGAUCCGCGCGUUGUACGCCAGGUUGGAGCUCGCCAAGACGGCCGAGGACGACGCUGUUGAACGAAUGAAACUCACACAGGGAAACUUUGGCGACGAAUCCUCCGCCGGAUCUGCAGGCGCCGAUCUGCACGCCGCGAGGGUCGAGCAGGCGGAGCUUCACGGCGCAAACGCCGCGUUGAGGGGCAGGGUCCAGGAGCUGGACGGCGAGGUGCAGGCGGCUCGCGAGGAGAUCGCGGGCUUACGCCGGCGAUGCCGUCUCUUGGAGCAGGACAUCGCGCCCGAGCUCUCCGAUUUGGUCCACGCGGCGCUCGAGCAGGAGCGAGCCGCGUUUGAGGCGCAGAGUUUGAAGGCGCUCCGGGUGCUCGAGGCGAAGGAUGCGGUGCUGUUAGCGCGCGAGAGGGAGACCGCGGAGGCGCGGGCGGAGUGCGGCGCGCUCUCGACGACGCUCACCGCGACCAGGCGCGAGCUGGACGCGUGCGAGGCUCGGGUCGUGUCCAUACUGGAGGAACGCGAGGGUUUCCGCAAGGAGUUUGACGAUAUUCGCGAGCAGUGGCAGGGGACGGAGAAGUCCCUCAGGGUACAGGUUGAGAAACUGCGCGAGGAACUCGGGAUCGCCAACGAGCGAUUGGAUCGAACCAAGGAGGAGCUAACGGAGGCGCGUCAGGCGGAGGAGGAAUCCGCGUUCUCCCGGGCGGAGGCUGCCGCGUCCACCGCGGCGCUGGAAGCGGCCAACGAGGAAGCUUCCGAGCUCAGAGCCGCGCUGCGAGCCGCGGCGGAGGCUCGAAUAUCCGAGCGCGAGAGGCUCGCCGCGCACAUAGCAUCCGCCAGGGUCGACCUGGAGGCGCUGAAGCGACGAGCGGGCCCCGAGGAUGCGGACGCCACCAGGCUCGCGCGUGACCUCGCCGCCGCGCACGAGUCCCUGGCGGCGGCGCUGAAGGACUCGAACGCGGAUCGCAUCCUAUCGUCCGCGUCUGACAUACCGGAGUCACCCGGGAUGAGCGCCAAGACCCCGGCGCCGCGACCCACGAGGAUAUCCGCCAGCAGACGAGGCGUCGCGGCGGCGGCGGAUGACGACGACGACGUAUCGCGUCUCAGGCUGGAGCGCGACGAGGCUCUCGAGCGUCUCGAGCGGCUCACCGGCAAGGAGACGGCUGUGGCCGAGCUCGCCGAGGGACACGCCAAGGAAACCGCCGGUCUGCGGCUCAAGGUUAGGGAACUCGAGAGCGCGCUCAAGCUCAAGGACGGCGAGCACAGGCGCGAGAAGUCGUCCCUCGCGGCUGAGCACGCGGCCGAGUCCGAGUCGCUGCGCACGGAGCUCGCCGCGCUGCGAGACAGGCUGAGGUUUGUCGACGACGAGCGCGCCGCCGGCGGCGACCUCACCGACGAGGCCAGGCGCGCCAUCGAACACGCCAACGAAAAGGCCAGGGCGGCCGAGUCCGAGGCGUUCCUCGCGCGCGAGAAGCUCGCGGAGAUGGAGGCGGCCGCCGCGACGGAGAGGGAAUCGGGCAAACGGAAGGACAAGGACCCGGCGCCCAGCAGAAAGGGUCAGGGUACCACCAUAGAGCAAAAGCUCAGCGCGCGCGUCAGCGAGCUGGUCCGGGAGCUGAGGGACUCCAACGACAGGGUCGCGGAGCUCGAGGAUCUGUUGGCGCGCGAGGUUGGCGACGGUCAAGGGCGGUUUGAAGAUUCCGCCGCGGCGUCGGCGAUGCGACAGAGGGUCAGUGACGCGGAGGACGCCGCGCGCGACGCGGUUGAGAGACUCGCGAGCUCGGAGCUCCGGUGGGGUAACGAGAGGGCGAGGCUCGAGUCCAAGAUUCGCGCGGCGAAGGAGGACGGCGGCGUCCGCAUCCAGUCCCUGGAGGCGACCGUCGCGAGCCUUCGCGCGAGGAGCGGGCUUCACUCCGAGGUUGCGAGGCUGGGCGAGGAGGCUUCCAGGAUCAGGCGGUCCGAGGCUGCGCUCAAAAACGAUCUCGUGUACGCGGAGGAGAGGCUGGGCCACGCGCUUCUCGAGAUUCAGAGACUCGGUGGUGAAGCCACGCCGGGUAACACGCCGUCGGAUGCGCGCCGCACGGGCGCGCUCGCGCUCCGCAGCGGUAACCUGCCCUCCACCGCGGCAAAAUCGCACGGUCAGACGACGCCGGCUACGCUGGACAGGGUUGUGUCCCUGGAGAAGGAAAACUCCAGGCUGGUGGCUGAGAAUGAGCGACUUCGCAACGACGUCGAGGCUCACUCGUUGGAGCGUGGGAGGGAAGCCGCGGCGCGCGCGGACGCAAGCAGGGAGCUCGCUGCCGCCCUGGACAGGGUCGCGGAGCGCGACAGGGCGCUGCACGACGCGCGAGAGACCGCGGCGCUCGGCAAGGAACGAGCCGCCGCAACCCGGGCGCAGGAGCUCACCGCCGCGACGAGGAGGUCAGCCGCCGCCGAGGCCAGGGCAUCUGAGUCCGAGUCGAGGGCGUCACUCGCGAGGGAGGAGGCGAACGAGGCACGCGCGGACUGCACGCGCAAGGUGGCGGCGGCGGACGGCGCUAGACACGCCGCGGAACUCGACGCGGCGGCUGCGAGAGAGGAGGCGGCGAAUGAGCGAUCCAACGCCCAGGCUUCCGAGCGAGAGGCGGCGCGGCUCUCCCAGCUCCUGGAGGAGCGCGCGACGCAGCUUCAGAUCCUGACCGAGACCGUCGAGGCGCUCCAGGCCGCCGCCGGUUCCGGGGAUAGGGAGCAGAGGGUGGUGACGCUCGCGGCGCAAGCUGCCACGGCGCGGGCGUCGGAGUCGGCUCUGGAGCGCCGGUGCGCCGAGCUAUCCAGGGAUUCGCAGAGGGAAACCGCGCGAUGCGCCAGGAUAGAGUCGCAGCUCGCGUCCGCCAGGAGGGACAUCCAAUCCGCGGAGCAGCGCGCCAGGGAGGCGGCCGCGCGCGAGGAGCUCGCGAGGGAGGAGACCAGCGCGGCGAGGCAGGAAGCGGCGGCUAGGACCGAGGAACUGGCUGCUCUCGCCAGGAGGUGCGACGCGGCGACAGAGGCGAAGGUCGCCGCCGAGUCGCGCGAAGCCUCCGCGCGAGUUGCGCUCGAGAAACAGCACGCGAGGCACCUCGAGCAGCUCACCGCGGAGCGCGAGGCUGCCGCGGACAGGCUCAAGACCGCCGAGCUCAACGCGGCUCGCGCCGUGCAGGUUGCGGCGGGUGGCGUAGUCGAGCGCGACGGAGCCGUCGGCGCGAGGAUAUUCGUCCGCGCUUCCGAGGAUAUCGCCUCGAUCGUGUCCAUGCAACCGGAGGAUGCGGUGGCCGCCGUGCUCGAGGCCACGCGCGUCCGCGAGAGGAUCGAGCACGCGCUCGAGGAGGUGGUUGCCGCCACCUCGAGAAGGGUCGGAGGCGCGGACGAGAACGAUCCAAUCGCCGCGGCGGUUGUCGGCGCGAGGAGGGAGCUCGAGGCUGAGCGAAGGUGGUCGGGCGCGGUCAUCCAGCGCAUGCGACAGCUGGUGCUCGAGGCUGAACGGGAGGUGGGCCGCGCGUUCGCGCAGGCACGCGGCGCGCAGGCUGGCGAACAGGCCGCCAAGGCCCGUGCCGCGGCGGUGGAGGCUGCGCUGGACGCCAGGACGGCGGCUUGGGAGGAGGCAACCGCCGCGUGCGUAGCCGCCGAGGAACGUCUGGCGCGACGAAGCACCGUGGACACGUCGUGCGCGGACCAGAGGUUCCAACUCGCGCAACGGAGGAUUGUACAGAUCAGCGAGCAACUCGCGUCCGCGCAGAGACGGUGCGUCGCGGCGGAGUCCGCAGCCCAGGCUGCCAAGGAGACGGCUCGGACGGAGACCAACCGCGCGGAUGCGGAAUCCCGCAGGGCGAGGGUCGCCGAGGCUGACGCGGCUGCCGCGAGGCAGGCUGCCGCCGCCGCGGCUGAGGAGCUCGAGGGCUCGCCUGCCGCCGCCGACGCCGUCAGAGAACUCAAGUCGUACCUGGAGAAGGAGGUUGUCCGCGCGUUGGUCGGCGACGGAAAGGCCAAGCCCGACGACGCCAGCGCUAAACUCGCCGGAGUCACCCGCGAACUGUGCGCGAGUAAGCUCACCGAACGGUCGCUGCUCGCCUCGCUCGCCGCGAACAGGCGAAGGGCCGACGCCGCCGCCGGGCACGCCGCCGAGCUCCAGCAGGCUCUCAAGAUGGCCGAGACGCGCAUCCAGGCGCUCGUCUCCGGCGACCGAGGCGCGGCGGCGGCGGACCCGGUUUCCCCCGAGGAUUCCGCAGAGGCUCUCUCCACCCAGUUGGCGCACAAAGCUCACGAGGCGUACCAGGCGAGAGAAGAGGUUUUGCGUCUGCGCGCCAGGGUAUCGGAGCUCGAGCUCGAAGUAGCCGACCUCGCGGGCGCCCGGGAGGCUGCGGCUGCCGCGGCGUCGUCCGCGAGGGAGGGUGCCAGGAUGGAAAUAGCCGCCGCCGCCGCGCGAGCCGCCGACGAUUUCGCCGCCAAAUCCGCCAGCCUGCGCCGCGAGCUGGACACCGAGCGCUCCGUGUUGCAGGCGGCCGUGAGGGAGGCUCAGGCGACGGCGAACAGGGCUCGGAUGGACGCCGCGGCGAGCGUCGCGGAUUCGGAGAGGCUGAGGGUCGAAUCACAGACCCAGGUCGCGCCGAUUCACGUCAGUCAGUCGGCGUCGUACGCGGAUGCCGAGGAGGAGAUGAGGGCGCUUCGACUCGAGUGCGCCCGCCAGGAAGAACGCGCGAGACGAACGGCCGCGGAGGCUGCGGACCUGCGCGAUGAGGUCCAGGCCAAGGAUGGCGCGCUCCAGCAGCUCAAACGGGCGUUCGCGUCGGUGGACGACGGCGGGCUCGGACUGGGCGCGAGAACCCCGGGGUCCGGCCCCGCUUCGUCGGCGAAGAAGGUGGCGGGGCGGAGGACCCAAAAGAGCCCCGCGUCCGAACCCGCGUCGUCCAGCGGCGCGCUCGGACGCCGGCUCGUCGAGGCCAAGCUCGCCGAGGCUGACGCGCAGCGCAGGCUCAAGAUCGCGACACGGGCCGAGACGGAACUGAGGGACAUCGUCGCCAAGCGCGACGCGAGAAUCGCCGAUCUCAAAAAGAAACUCUCUGCCAAGCCCGGCCAAUCCGUCCCGUCGCCGUCGCCGGGGGGACAAACCCAGGUGGACGACGAGUCACGCGCGGCUCUCGAGGCCGAGUGCGCCAAGCUGCGCGCGGAGAAGUCCCGCGCCGACGCCGAGAGCGAACGGCUCAGGGCUGAGCUCGAGGCUCACGGCGCUCACGCCCCGUCGCCCGAGGAGAUGGACGCGCUUCAGGCGGAGGUGAUUGAGCUCAGACGCGCCGCGGCGGACGCCUCAGCGACUGCAUCGCAGCGCGCGAAAUCGGACAAAAAGUCCGAGAAGGAGGCUGCCGAGCGAAGGGACCUGCAGAAGGACGUCAACACCGCCGUCUCAUCCGCGGCUGCCGCGCUCGUGGGUUCGCCCCUGCCGCACGCGGCGAGGAACCCGGCGUCGGGCACGGCCACCGCCGCCGUGGCGCAACUCGCCAACGCGCUCAAGGAGUCCAACAACUCCCUUCAGAAGGCGAGGCAGGAGUCCACCGACGCCAAGCGGGUUUUACGCGAGCGCGGCAAGGAACGGGAGACCAAAGAACUCGCCGAUGCGUCCCAACGUUCGGUCAUACGCGAGCUCACUCAAAGAGCCGCCGCGCUCGGGCGGGACAAGGCUGAGCUCGUAGAGGAACGCGACAGGCUCAAGGAACGACUCAGGGGCCUUCGCGGGAUCGAAGAUUGGACCCCCAAGGAGGAUCCCAAGCCGUCAUCGGAGGCUGCCACGCAGAGCGGAUCGUUGGGAGGUAGGUCCGUGCUCGUGGACGCCGCCGCGCUGGUUAAACUGGUUGGAGCGCACGUCGACGCCAUUGCCCCGUCGGCGGCGGUCAUCGCGGAACGCGCCGCCGCUUUGGGCGACGGUAAGGUGGCCGAGAUCGCCAACACCCUGAGCGUCGAGACGGCCGCGAUGCGAGCCGCGCUGAAUGCGCUCUCCGACCCAACGUGCGAGGGUCUCACGCCCACCGAGCUGGUCACCAAAGCCGCGACGGCGGCUAUGAGAGCCAUGCCCUCCGCGCCGCUGGUGCAUCACAUCGUCCCGAGCGUCGUCGCGCCCGUCAUGCGGGUGGCGCCCCUGCUCGCCGAUCCCAACGUCACGGACGCGCCCGUCGCGAGAAUAGCCAUCUCCCGCGCGGACGCGGGCACGGACGUCGCCGGUCUGGCGGAUGUCCGCGACCUGGGCGUCAACACCGCGCCGGUCACCGCGGAGACGCGGUGCGGACCCGACUUGCCGCGGGAGGAUCCCCACCUGUUCGGCGUGCCCCGCGACGCGACCACUUCACCGGGCGUGGGACCCCGCGUCGCCAUGGUGGACAUCGACGCGCCGAGGAUGGUGGAGGCUGGCACCUACAGCGCGCCCAUCUCGCACGACGCGGGCGUGGGCACGGAGGUGACGGGCGCCGCGGACGAGCAGCUGAUGGAGGUGACCCAGCGAUGGGAAGCCGCGCUGGAGGGAGAGAAGGAGAAAGCCGCCGCGCUCGAGGAGAAGGUUGGCAAGUGGAAGGACCGAUGCGAAUCCCUCCGCGCCGAGCUCGCCGCCGUGAUGGAAAAGACGGCGGAGACGGAGCGUUCUCUCCGGGAUCGACUCGCCAAGGAGGAGAAGAUUGAGGGCGUACCCAAGGAGCGCGUCGAGGAGCUCGAAGGUUUGCUCCACAGCGUCGGCUCCGCGGGCGGCGCGGCCAUGAAGGCAUCGCUCGAGGCUUCGCGAAAGGAGUCCGCCGCGAUCAAGCUUCAACUCGAACGCGCGCAGAACGAGCUCGUCGCCGCGUCGAGGGAGACGGAGCGCCUCAGGAACGAGGUGAGGAGCCGGGACGCCGAGCACGCGCACAUGGUCGCGUCGCUGCGAACCACCAUUCGGGGUAUGCGCAACGCCACCCCGGCGGAUCGCGCCGCCUACUUGGAGGCACUCAGGAUCCAUUCCGAGAACGCCGACCGAAGCAGGCGCGAACGGGAGGCUGCCGCGGAGGCUUCGGUGUCCGUAUCGACGCCGGAACCCGCGCGGGUUGAACCCGUCGGGGAGGAUCGCGUCGAUCCAAAGUUGGCCGUCGAUCAAAGUUUGGCCAAAGUUCCCAGCCCCGUGGAGGACAUCCUCGGCGGCGCGGAUGACCGGCGGCGGAUCCGGGAGGCCAUCAGGGCCGAGGAGGAUGCCGAGCGCGAAGCUGUCAGGGCACGCGCCGUCGCGGACGCGGCGGAGGCGGCCACUAAGCUGUGGGAGCGCGGCGGUGAGAUGGCUGAGCAGAUUAGCCUCGCGGAGCGCCGACUCGAACAAGCCGUCGCGACGACGGCGGCGGCGCUCCAGGCGGCUGACCGCGGCGCGGCCAACGCGGGCGAGCGCGCGGCGAAGCAGUCGAGGGUCCUCGCCAAGCGUCUCGAGGAGGUUGACGGCGCGGCCGUGUCCCUGUGCGCGCAGCUCACGGAUGCGCUCGCGCGAGCCGUGGAGAAGGGUGAGGCGACCACCGCCGCCGCCACCCGGUACAAGGAGAUGGCCGCCCGGCUGAGGGAGGAACACGAGGCUGACAAGAAACGCGCGAAAGAGGCUCUGAAGAAGGCCAAGCAAAAGGAGGAGGCCGCGGAGGCAAAGGCUAAGAAGGAGGAGACGCGCGCGAAGAGAGCCGAGGCUGACGCGGCGAGGAAGAAGACGGCGCUGGAGAUUGAGGUGAACCGCCUCAAGGCGACGAUUGAGGAAAUCGCGGCUCGACGCGGAUCCUCCCCAUCCGGCUCGGACUCUGAGUCGCCGCCCGAACUCGGGCCGGCCGCGAUCUCUGCCCACCCCGCGCCGGCGUCGGAGUCGGCACCCUCGGCACCCUCGGCACCCCCGGCGGCGACGCUCAUGCCGCCGCUGCUGCACGCGUCGACCCGACCCCCUUGGUCCGCGCCCGGCGUCGAGGAGCAGGUCGAGGACGCGGUGCCGGCGCCUAGACAGCCGGCGACGGCGCCAGUGCCGGAGACGAGCCUGUCGCGGGUCGUCUCCGGGCCCACCGCGGCGCAGACCGCGGCGGCCGAGCUCGCCAAGCGCCUCUCCGACGAGAAGGUGGCUGAGCUCCAGAAGCGUCUGGACCAGUACGAGCGUGACCUGGACAAGGCGAGAACCGCGGCUAAGGAUGCCAAGGAUGAGCGUGCGCACGCCGAGACCCGAGCCAAGAACGCGGCGGAGCACUUGAAAAAGUUCAAGGCUGCGUCGAUGGCGGACCAGGCUGCGAUGAGGGGUAAGGUGACCGACCUCACCGCCCAGCUCGCCGAACGGGGACCGGACAAGUGGAAGGCGAUGGAGGCUCAGCUCGCGGAUACCGCCGAGCGGCUCAAGCGCGCCCGAGCCGAGAUUAAGCGCCUCCAAGCCGUCACCGCCGACACCAAGGGAUCCAACGAGGCUCUUCGUCAGGAGAAGGAGAAGGUUGCCGGGCUCGAGGAGCAGCUCAAGGAAGAGAUGAAAAGGAUCAAGGAGGCUCGGACGACGGCGAAGCGCAAGGAUACCUUCGCCGCGGAUCUCAAGAAACGUCUGGACGCCGCGACGGCCGAGUGCGACAAACUCAAGGAGGCGGCGGCGAACGACGAGUCCGAGGUGAAAUUGCGAGAAAUGCGCGAGGACGUGGACCGCAAGCAGGCUCUGAUCGUUCAGCUCAGGAGCAAGGCUGAGGAAGAGGCCAAGAAGGCUGCCGCGCUCGCCGCCAUGAGCGAGCAGGAGAGGAACUCCGAGUCGACCCAGCGUCUGCGCCGCGAGGUUGACCGCAAGACGGAGAUUAUCAAAACGCACGACAAAAAGAUUGACGCGAUGCGGGCGGAGGUUGAAGCCGCCAGGGAAGCCGCCGCACUCGCCGAGGCUGGCGCCGCGAAGGUCUCGGCCGAGUUUGGCGGCAAGAGCCAACACCUGAGGGUACGAUCCGUGACCAUGCUCACCGGCGUGCGCAAGCUCGCGGCGAGGCUGCUUCGCCUGUCCGCCGCGGUGGGUCACACCGUCGGCGCCGCGGCGAGGGCCGACGCGCCCCAGCCCGGGCCCGUCGAGACGGGCAUCGCCGAGCUCGUGGAUAUGUCCCCCGAUGAGGUUGCCGACCUGCUCGGCGCCGACUCGGACGAUGCCGACGACUUUGCCCGGCAGCGACCUCGGCGGAUCCGGGGCGGCAGGGCGUCCAACCCGAGCACCUUUGCCGCGCUCAUCUCCGCCAUGGACAUCAAGGCGGACGAGCUCGCGACCUCGCUCUCCGGACGCGACGGCGCCGUCGAUCAUGCCGCCGCGGAGGAUGCGACGUGGAGGGAGGAUGCGCUGCGAUGGAUCGUCCAGGCGGCUGAGGCUGAGGCUGAGCACGCGGAAGCUGCGCUAAAGUCCGCGGUGCCGGCCAUGCAGGAAUGGUGGAUCCAGGUGUUGUCGCGCGGACGGUUCCCGGACGUAUCCGGAAUCACCACCGGAUUCGAGGCGGUGUCGCCCGGGAAGUCCCCCACGCUCCGUGGGUCGCGAGGGCGCGAUACGGCCAGGGCACCGAAGAGGGAGAAGGCACCGUCCGGGCCCGUGACGGGAACGCGCGCGAGGCUCGCCGGAGCAGCCGCGCUGCUGGCUUCUCCAGAGAGGGAUGAUUAA